AUGUCGCCGCUGACGCUGUGGAUGCCAUUGACGAUCAGCAUCGCGGCCAAGGCGACGGCCAUCGCGACGCGCAGCGGCAGCGACCAGGCCACGCUCUCGAUCCCCAUGCUGGCCUUUUCGGAAAUGGUGCAAACGAGUUGCUACUGCCCUGUCUUCCAAGCAUGCAACAGCAACGUUCAUCGCAGUGGUCUCAAGGGUAGGUUCGGUAGCUGA